CAGUCGGAAUUCCCACAUUAGGCAUUGCUAAUCAAACGUCGAGACGACCACAUCGCUAGUUCUCGAUCGUACCCUAUGUUUGUUGAGUCAAUCGGGAGCCAACGUCAACCCUCAGGAUGUUUUUGUCCUCUUUGGCUCGAUCUGCGGUGUCACAGACGGUGAGGAGCAUUCAUCGAUCGGCUGCUCUCAGCGGAGCUGGUGGGAUAUUUGUGCACAGAGACACUGCGGACAACAAUGCCGACACACCAUUUGAGUUCACUGAGGAGAACAAAAAGAGAAUUGAAGCCAUCAUUUCCAUGUACCCUAUUGGCCACAAGCAAGCAGCCACCAUCCCUGUGUUGGAUUUAGCCCAGAGACAACACGGAUGGCUCCCUGUCAGCGUCAUGAACAAGGUGGCUGAGGUGCUGGAGAUCCCACCGAUGAGAGUGUACGAGGUGGCCACCUUCUACACCAUGUUCCAGCGCCAGCCCGUGGGCAAGUACUUCAUCCAAAUCUGCACCACCACGCCGUGUAUGCUUUGCAACUCGGACAGCAUUCUGGAGGCUAUCAAGAACAAACUGGGUAUCAAAGUUGGCGAAACGACGGCAGACAAGAUGUUCACGCUAAUUGAGGUGGAAUGCCUUGGCGCCUGUGUCAACGCGCCCAUGGUACAGAUCAAUGACAACUAUUACGAGGACCUCACCCCAAAGGAUAUAGAGCAUAUUAUUGACGAGCUCCAAGCAGGCAGAGUCCCGCCACCAGGGCCCAGGAAUGGCCGUUUCUCCUGUGAGCCUGCUGGCGGACUAACCUCCCUGACAGAACCUCCUAAAGGGCCCGGCUUUGGCGUGAGGCCGGACCUGUAGUAGACUCUGCUUCUUUGUCCGAAAGUACUUUGAACUCUUGUUUGAUGGUGACAUAUUGUGUAAAUAAAUUAAAUGACUAUA